AUGUCAGCGGGCGAUUUCGACGUGCGAGAUGUGGGCAUUAGCGCUAUCGAGAUUUACUUUCCAAGAAAUGUAGUCAUACAAAAGGAUCUGGAGCAGUUUGAUAAGUGUUCCUCCGGUAAGUACACUAUCGGUCUAGGACAAGAGCAGAUGGGUUUCUGUGGUGACAACGAGGAUAUCGUCUCCCUCUCAUUGACCGUCACUGAUGCGCUUCUACGCAACUACAACAUUGAUCCAUCCUCUAUAGGCUUUCUAGCUGUAGGAACAGAAACACUCAUCGAUAAAAGCAAAAGCGUGAAGACAGAGCUGAUGCGUUUAUUCGGCGAUAAUCUGGACAUAGAGGUAUGUGGGCGACUUAUUUCUCCAUUUUCUCGGCACGAGAUUGUUUUUUAUUCUCAUUUCACCCCGGAUGUAAUCACUUCUGCGUCUUUUUUCGGCACAGAUGCAAACAUUUUGCGCCAUACUUCGAUCCACUUCUUCAUUUAGGC